AGCCAGACUUACAUCAUUACGUGCCUGGAGUCCGGUAGGCGAGCGGCGGCGGCAGGAAGGCGAAGGGCGGCAGGAGAAAGCGAGGAAAGCGAAGGGAAAAAGUGGCUGGUUGAGCAAUUAAAGAGAAGCAAUACAGGAGAAGCCAUCAUGAGUGUUCUGUGCUUGGCGUCGAGGUUCUGUAGGGGUUUGAAGGUAUCCCACAUCCGGCCAGCUCUUGCAAGGACAACUGUGACAGUCGCAGCUGAGACAACCCAGAAAGUAGCCCUCGAAGAGAUCCCUACCGUCGGGAAGAAGUGGGUUGGACGAUGGCUCUUCGGCUGCUCAGGGAUGGUCUUUGGGGCUGUCGUUAUAGGAGGGCUGACACGCUUGACAGAGUCAGGCUUAUCAAUGACAGACUGGCAUUUAUUUGGUAAACGACCUCCCUUGACUGAGGCAGAGUGGGAGCGUGAAUUUGCCCAGUAUCAAGAAUUCCCUGAAUACAAAUUAAAAAACCAGGGAAUGAGCCUUUCAGAGUUCAAAUUCAUCUGGUGGAUGGAAUAUGGGCACAGGCAGUGGGGUCGCACUAUCGGCACCUUCUUUUUGCUGCCUGCCGCUUAUUUCUGGCAUAAGGGUUGGUUCACACGUUUGAUGAAGAAGAGAGUGCUGGCUUGUGGGGUUCUCAUUGGCUGCCAGGGCCUCCUGGGCUGGUACAUGGUCAAAUCUGGUUUAGAAGAUCGCUUCAAGGACCCCUCUGAUGUCCCCAGAGUAUCACAGUACCGCUUAAUGUCCCACUUGGGUAUGGCCUUUGUCCUCUACAGUAUCUUCCUGUGGAAUGCCCUCGAUGUCACUUAUCCAGCACAGAAGCUCAAGCAGGUUACAGCACAGGCAAUGAAGUUUCGCAAGUUUGCCCACGUUACCAAAGGAUGGGUGUUCCUCACAGCCCUCUCAGGUGCCCUAGUUGCUGGCCUGGAUGCAGGUUUGGUGUACAACUCCUUCCCCAAAUUCGCUGACAGAUGGAUCCCCAGCGAUAUUCUGGCAUUCUCACCUGCCCUGCGAAACUUCACUGAGAAUCCCACGACUGUGCAGUUUGAUCAUAGGAUCCUGGGAACAGUUGCCCUGGGUCUGGCGACAACUGCGAUGUUUUGGUCAAGGCGAGUGAUGCUUCCUCCCAGGGCCUACAACGCAGCAGCAGCUCUUGGUGGCAUGGCCUGGAUGCAGGUUGGCCUUGGCAUCUCCACCCUCUUGCUGUACGUUCCCACUAGUCUGGCUGCCAUGCACCAAUCUGGCUCACUACUGACUCUCAGCUUUGCCAUCUGGCUCACACAUGAGCUCAAGCACCUCAAGAAGUUGCCUAAAUAGAAGUUGAAGUAGAGCUGUAUGGUCUGGAUCUUUAAGAGGUGAAUGAAUACUUAUUUCAUUUAUAAAGAUGGAAACCAUUUAUUGAAAUUCUGUAUGUUGUGAUUCCACAAUGUUACUUUUGAAGAUAGUCAUUCUCCUUCUCAGAUUUUUAAAGAAGUUCUCAAGGAACUCAAGGUGUUCUGUGAUAGACAAGGAAUUAAUUCCUGUCAUUACAUGAAUAAGAAGUGUCAUGAUAUGAUGAUGAACUGUUGCAGAAAGUAGUGAAGCACAAUUUGGCCAUGGAAGCAAUGUGUAUGAAUAGGUUGAAUCCUGAAUAUCGUGGGCACCUAGGGCCUUUGUGGUGACUUGAUAGGUCAGCCAUAAAAGGGUCAGUGUUCUUAUAUGUUGUGUCUAGAAGCAGUUUGAGAUCUUGUAUGAGUAGCAGUUUUAACUACUCUUUCCAAAGAGGAAAAUACAUGUUUCACUUCAUAAAUCUUAUAUUUUCCUUUAUCAUAUAAUUGUUUUAAAAUUUUAAAAUCCUUAAUGUUUAGACAUCCAGUGAAACUCUCUGCAUUCAUCAUCAUUUUAUUAUUUAAUUAGGUAUUAGGAUAUAUUUUAUUUAUUUUAUUUAAUAUUUUUGUAAAUUCAUGCUUGUAUGUGAAUUCACUGAAUCCCAGUAUUAACGAAAAGCUAGAAGACAUGGGCAUUUCAUUUCAAAUUUUCAAUUUAGAUAAAUCUGGUGAUAAUAUCUUUCAUGCCCUCAAAUAAUGUAAUAAUUCUUGUCAUAUCUAGGUAUUUCUAGAUAUAAUUUGUACAUAUGAAAUUUUGUAUAUACGAUGUGUUUAUAUAAUAAAUAUACAAAAAUA